UUUCUUUACAUUUUUCUUUUCAACACAUUUUAGUUUUCAUAAUUUACAUUAAUUUGUCAAUUGGUAGAGAACAUAGUUUCUAUACAACUUUUAAAUAAUUUUAUAAAUGUUGUGAUUUUAUUUAUACCAGUGUUAGUGUUGAUGUUAUAUAUUUAUUAAACACAUAUUUUUUGUGGUCAAAGUAAGGGUAACGCAAUGAAUAAUUCGGCGGCAAAAGUGGGAGAAAUCUUCAGAGAGGCUGGUUCCGCUUUCAAUAAACUGUCCGAGAUGACAAUGUUGUUACAUCCUAUGGGUGAUACUCAACCAGGUGGUAAAUGGACUGAUGAAGAAAUCGAAAUGCUUCGUUCCUGCGUGCAUCGCUUUGCUAUAGAUCUUAACAAACUCAGCCAGCACAUCAAGGCUAGGACAGUUUCCCAAAUACGUUCGACUCUGAAGAAGAAGGCGUUCGAGGAUGCAGGUAUACCGGUGAGGCAGGUAAGCAGUAUGGGGAACAACGCGCUGCAGGUAGUCUCUCCACUGAGCCUCAGCUCCGUGUUAGGAAAGAACGCCGAGGUGACCUUGAACAUGCUGAACGCUUCAGAGAACGAAGUGGACGUAGAGGGUUUGAACAACGAUGUCAAGCUGGAAUUCGAAGCUGGGAACGACGAGGUGGCCACCUGAAACAUGUAUGGCUUUUCGUACGUCUAAACGGGCUAGCCAACACUACGGCGGGUGUGACAACAGUGCGUGUGAAUUAAAACUGAUUUUAAAGUGUGCCGGUUAUUGAAGUUUAAUGGUUUUUUAUCAAAAUUAAAAUACGCGUGCUAGGUUCACUAUAAGUGUAGUGCAACUUAAUCCGUCUUGUGUUCAGAUAUUGUAAUUUUUUUCCAAAUCAAAAUUUUUUUCCUGUCCAUCAAUGGGAAGUUUCAGGAAGUGACGCCGUAGUGUUUACACCUUGGACUAAAGUUACCCGUGAGUACGAAUACAACAGCUAAACUUUACCAAACUUGUCGGACGUUACAUGUUACGUCUGUUCGUUUAGGGAUCACAUUAUGUUAUAUGUGAAUUUUGAUUAUUUAGUUGAAUUGUUUGAUUAUUUACAUUAAUAUAAUUUGAUGUAGCAUAUAUUUUAUUAGCUUGAGCUCUGUUAUAUUUGUGUUGUAAAGUAAACGACCUCAUAAUAUGCCUUAAAAUCCUAUAUAGGUGACCGAUUUAAUACAUAUACCGAGACAGCGAAGAUUUGGUAUAUAAUAUAGUUGUAUAAGAUUAUAUUCGGUUUAGUAGAUUUUAUGUUUUCACAAUUAAAUGUAAAUAAUUGACAUAUAAUUUCCUCGAUAGUUUCUUGAUUUCAAGUUGUGUGUUGUAGCUAAUAAUAUAAUCCAUUACAAUCAUUAAUAGAUGUUAUCACAUUGAAGAUCCAGCGUGAUAUUUAACGCGAGUCCCAUUCAAAAUUAUCUAUUAUGUGUUAGAAGUAGUAUAUUUUUGGCGAGUUGAUUUCUUAUAUGGUGUCGGAAUUCCUAACAUUAAACAUCGUAAGAUCAUGAUUCCUAUCAAAAGUAGUUUCGCAAUGUCAUCGGCGCGGACAUUUUCACUUUCACGAUAUAACCUGUAAUUAAUGAAAUUAGACAAAGAAAUGAUAACGUUGUAAUUUGAUGUUGUUAUAUAAAGUAGAUUUUAUUGAUUAUGAAAUUAUAAUCGUGUGCUGUUUCAUAUAUAUAUAUCUAUAUAUAUAAAGGCAUAGUAAUUGCGUAUAGCGAAAAUCCGAUUGGGGUCCUAAACCAUCUCGACAUAGUUACCAAUAUCAAUUCAUUACUCUACCUUUCGAAAUCGUCGGUUAAAAAAUAUACAGAACCAUAUAUCUCAUCACAUUCCCAUCGGACUUGUUCUGUAUCAGUGCUUCAUAGUGUAUGCUUUUACGAUUUUUAUAUAAAUUAAUUAAAAAAAAAUAAAUAAAUAAAUAAAAUUAUCGCAUAUAGUAAAUUGUAAUGUUUUGAAAGUAUCGUCGUCAUUUUUCUCUAUAUAAAUGUAAUAACCCCGAAUUUCUUUUAGAUAUUUGUGGGCUUUAAAAAAAAAAAAAAAAAAAUUCGUAAGCAAUAAUUUCAAUAUAUUGGAAAUGAUGGUUGGUCAACUGCAUUUCCCCCACCAGCUUCACACUAUAUAUUCUAGGAUGUAUUUAUCGGUAACACGGACACGUCUCGCUAUUAGCAAUAGGUGUGAUAGAGGUCACCUGAGAGUCCUACGUAGGAACUUGCGCCUUUUACACGUUAUAGAUCAAUUGAUGACGUCACGGAAACAUAUUUGAAGUAUUUAAAUAUGACAGUUGUUCAAUAAUUAUAUAAGUGAAUGUUAUUAUUAAGCAUAUUAUGAAGAACUAUUUACUCGAGAUGUGGAUUCUUGAGGAUUUCGUAUAAGACAUUAAUGGUCGGCAAAUACGACUGCAACAACUUGUUUUAGAUGUCGGUCGUUGGUUGACAUCUCGGAGAUGACCGUUAUUAUAAAAAGAUCUUAAGACUUAUAUCUGUUUGUUGUAAUUCUGAGUGGUAGAGCUAGUGCUAAGCUCGCCUGGGUCGGUUACCACACUCUCGCCUUCGUCAUGCUUUCAUAAAAGCUGAUACCAGCUGAGGCGAGAGGGCCAGUAUUUAAGCACAAGGCUUCCCAAUAUCGGCCUGCGCCGGGUAGCGUCACAUACACAAUGGUUCCAAGACUAGUUAAGAGAUUUAUUAGCGGCAUUUGUAUAUUUAGUGUCUGCCGCUGGGUUUUGCCCACUAAGGGGACCCUUACUGUUCUGUAGCUAUAUUCUUCCAGCUUAGACUUCAAUUUUCUAAUAAUGUCCUGUUGGUUCGUUUUUUUUUUGUUUUUUUUGGAAUAUUCUGUCAAUUUUUUUUUUGGGUCCACGGAAUUGUUUCUUCAAAUGUAUUGAGUUUUAUUGAUAUCGGUAAAAUGUUUACAUUUUUUUAUGUUUUCUUACGGAUAUGUUUGAGUUCACAAAUCAAUCAGUUACGUCAUCGAAAUAUUAGUUUCUAUAGAUUCAUAGCUCGCGAUUCAGUUAUAACGUUAACAUUAAUUUCUCCGAAAUUUAUAUUUGUUUCAUUAUACGGACAUUAUUCUUGUAGAUAAAAAAAAAAAUAUUACAUAUUAUAUUAUAUUAUUAGCUUAGGGGCUAUGGUUAUUGGAUAAGACUACUUCUUGCUCGCUUCUUAAUAUUGUUCGGAAUUAAUAUCAGUUAAUUUUUUUUUUAUUCUAAGUCCUUCGUUUCGUUCUCAAUUCAAUUAUUCACUUUUCUCUCGCUCUCUUUGUCAAUCGAUAUGUUUCAUAAUGUCUGUAUGCUCUAUAUUUCGUGCUACGUUUGUAUUCUUUAUUGUAAUUCCGUUAUAUUUUUCGUAUUAUUUCGUUCUCUGUUGCGCUGAUCUUCAACGCAUAGUUACGGGAUGUAGUUUUUAUAAUAAUGACUGUAAUACGACGUUUGUACAUACGAAACGAGAUCUUGAACCUCCCUCAUUAGAACGACGCAUACGUUAUACCCGUUUCAGGUGGAAACUAUGCGAUCGUGUAAGUUUUUUUUAUUUGUUUUUUUUUUAAUAUUCUCAAUAAGUGCACGACCUGUUGACGGUCGGCCGGAUAAAAUGACCUAAAUAACUUUACUAGUAUAGAUAAAUGGUACAUAAAACCGAGAGAUUUGGCUAGGGUUUUUGAAUGCCUGAUGAUGGGGUUACGUCACAGUUUAAUGAUUGUAUGUUAUAUGCACAUGUAAUAUUUAUUUUAUUCACCUAUAGUACCUUAACCUACGCGUCGAUGGAGAUAUCCGCGUUUGUAUUAUAUAAGUGGAUUUGAAUACGCAAAAUGGAAUAGCAUAUGCAAGUAUAUAAGAUACGGUAAGUAUAGGAUUAUUCAACGUGUUUCUCGUUCGGUUAUUCGUUAUAAUAAUUUAUUUAUGUAUUUUUUUUUUAUUGUGAGUUAUAUUAAUAUUCUUUUAAUAAUUAUAUAUAAUUUCGUGUAAUUGAUUUAUUUGAUUUUAAUUAACGAUCUAUACCUUUAUAAUAUUUUAAUUGAUGACGUUCGAUUUGUUGUAAUUUAAUGUUAGUUUUUUUUUUUUUUUUUGAUUAAUCCGUAUAAUAAUUUUCUUACUUCGUGAUUAUUUUUUUUUAAUCCGUUGUACCAAAUAUUAAAUAGGCAAACGUUAUUAAUAUAGUGGAUUAAAUAUUAAAUGUUAUAAAAAAAAAUAAAGUCAAUAAAAAAAAAAUCACCAGAGGAAAUCUUGAUGUUCACAAUAGAGUUUCUUAGUUAACAAAGAUUUCCUUUGUUCGGUAACUAUACUAAUAAAUUGAAAAAAAAAAAAUACAAUAUUUUAAUGUUGUUUAAUGUUAGAAUUGGAUUAGUAUGUAAUAGAUUAUAAUGAAAACAUUUUAGUAAAUAAUUAUAAUAAGAUCUUUUGUUACGUAUCGAGCUCCACAAUAUAACGGAGCGUUUUGUUUUACAGUUUUUCAAACAAUGCUACUUAAUAGUACAUGAAGAUGGAAUUAAUGCCUGAAUUAGUGUGUAAGUAGUAAUAUAUGGUAGAAAAAUCUGAAUAUAUAAGAGUCGAUUCUCUAUGCUUGUUUUGAACUGGAUAAAAUAAACUAUCUCCUACCCAUUAAUUUGAAUUUCGAAGUUUUACGCUGGAAUGCCUCUUUGCUAAUUUCUAUUGUUCAGGCGUUAUAUUUUUUCCGUUUGCACGUAGUUGUUCAUCUCGUAUAGACGGGAUGAUUAGUGUAAGAAGAGAUAUAUCUAUGUACAUGAACAUGAUUCGAUGAAUAAGAACGGAAAUUUAGCUGGUCACACUGAUCGCGGUCCGUCGCAAGGCGGAUAAUGUACAUACCGACAGUGUGACUGGAUUAAGGGUUAGAUUAAUUUAGUCUAGAUAUAAUCUCAUGAGUGACUCCUUGUAUAAUUUAUUUAUAAUCUAAUAUUCUAUUAAUUUGAAACCUACUUAAUGUUCUUCAUAUUAUUUACGGUAGAACGGUUAGUGUUCGAGUCUUCGCGCAUAAGUUCAAAUGUUUUAAGAAUUUUUUUUUUUUUUGGUACAUUGUUCGAUCUUGAAUUUAAUAUUUUUUUGUCUAUUCAAGGACCUCGUUCAUAAGAUUUUCGUAGUAAAUAAGAUGGUAAUAUAAUAUAAAUUAACACUAGCCACACGAAAGAGAUAACUUUAUAGCUGUAAGUAUAGUAUUUUUGAUCCCGAUAUGUAGGGAAUAACUGUUUAUAUUUAAUAGGUUAGCAAAACUGAGUAACCCCAUCUAAUACCGUAGUGUGUACAUACUUCUAGUUAUAUGUGUAGCGUGUUUAAAUAGAUGUAAGAUUUCUAACUGGUGUACCUUUUACUGUCAACAUUAAUCUUUUAAAUCUUAUCAAGACUAAGUUUACAGAUUCUCUUUUCCAUUUUUAUCUUUUGGGUUGCGGGUUCAUAGUGUUGACCGGUUUGGGGGUUGGGGUUCGGGGUUCGGGGAAAUCAAUAUAAUAUAACGACAGACGGAGGGAGGCAGGGGCCAAUUGAAGUAACACUUGCGAAUUUUUAAAGGGAUCUUACGGUCUAUACAUAUUUGAAUACGCGGAGCGGAGUUGGGUGUUGUAAGAAUAGGUACGUUCCAAGCGGGUUGAAUUUAGGACGAUGAGGGAGAUCGAGGAAGGAUUGGGUGUUUUGAUGGAAUAAUGCUCAUCAUCGUACGGAAAAAGUUGGGUAGAGCUGUUGUUUGUUUUGCUUCCAUCUAGAGUGACAAGUAUUGGUUAUGACUUUGUGUCUGGUUAGAAUUGGUGAAUAUGCUGGAGGGUGGGGGGUGGAGGGGGGAGUUAUUUGUUUAGCAUUGGGGGGAGGGGGGGAUAACUGUCGGGGAUGAAAGAACUUUGAAGGUAUUGUCAAUAAGUUUUGACUUCGUAUUCUGCUGUAUUCCGUAUAAAAACCAGCGUCCUAAUUUAAAUGUGUAUUUUUUUUAUAAAAUAAAUAUUUUUAUAUACUAAUAAUAUAAGGAUUUAGUGUUAAGUGCCAAGUGAAUGUAAAUGGACACUAUAUAUCAUCAUAUUCAUAUUAGUCGUAAAUUAAGGGACUCCUAGCUAGAGACAAUCGCAGCAGCUCCCUAUAGGACCUAGGAUAAUAUAGAUAUAAUAUAGAUAUAAUAUAGAAAUUUAACGCUUUAUAAAAUUUAAUUUCUUUUCCUUCCGUUUUAAUAUUGUCACAUUUAUACUAAAUUGUUUCAUGAAUUCUUUGUAUUCUGUUUAUCUUUGUAUUUCUGUCCUGAUUACGGUGUUAAUUAUAAAAAUGUGUUUUUUUUUUCUUUUAAAAAUUGACAUGUUAUGUUUGUAUGAUACGUACACUCUUCGGGAUUGAAUGACUGUGGUGAUGGUGUUGUAAGUGAAAAAAAAAAUUGAGUGGUAUCGUAUUAAGACCCUGAGAGUGUAGUGUCGUACGUCUUGUAUGAUAUUGUUUAGUUCAUUGAGUACUUAUUGUUAGCUAAAAAAAAAAAAAAAUAGUUUAUAAUUUGAAAAAUGCGUAUUUAAUAUUAUUUGUAUUAAAUUUUAUUUGCAAACAAAA